CGAUAUGUCAGAAAAAUCCAAGAGCUUUGCUGCCGAAACCAAUCGUCAUGCUGACGCGAGCACCAUGAAUACACCAUGGUUGGAAUGGAAAGAUUUCGAUCUGAAUAACGAGAAAUGGGAAAUCCCUAAAGAUGAUUACGACGGAUUGUUCCUGGAUGCGGAAUGUGUCGGAAUGCCAAGAUCCUUAGAACCUUAUCAGUGGAUACGAGCCAGGGAUUUGAAGCAUUUGACUGUACUCUUCCCUCCCUCUGCAAUUUUUAUUUAAUUUAAAUUCUGAUAUGUAUAUUACAUUUAUUAUCUUUAAAUUGAACCAGAAUGAUCACGUUAUGUUACUAAUAUAUUUACGCAAAAAUAUUGGAAUGCGAAUUCUUCAGGGUCCUUUGACAGUGUACACGACGACCACAAGAUAUCCUGAUUUAGUCACAAACAAUAAGCAUCUCUUGAGCAGUGAGGUAUUUCUUUGAGUUUAAGUGAAAAUGGUUUAAUGGUUUGCAAAUUAUUGGAACAUAAUAAUAUACAAAAUAAAUAAUACAAUAACGUAAUAAAAAUAAUAAACGGCAAUUUUUAGUUUGUAAGAUGGUUCAUCUCUGCGAUAACAAAUUUGCAAUAUUGUGGUCGAGAAGGGUUGGAAAUCAGCGGAGAAAAUUCGAAUUUUGUCUGGGUCAAUCGCCAUAAUCCUUGGCAUGGUUGGAUGCAUGUAUACUCCUUGAAUAAAGCUGGGAAAGGAGCCCAGCAUUUACCAGUGAUAAACCCGAAUGGUAGAUAUAAUAUACGCAGUAUUUUGCAAUAUUUCUUCAAUGGUGUACACAGAAAAUUUUAAUCAUCAUCUCGAAUUUGGAGAAUCUAGUCAAAUGAUUCUCCCUGUCGCUUUCAAUAUUUCAUUAUGUUGAUCAUAAAUUUAAUUUAUAUUAUAUCGCUUCUCUAACACACAGGGGCUAGCACUUCAUUCAGUAACUCGCAAUCUUGCCAAACAAUACAUCAAGCAAUAUUUUUCAGGCAAAUACAUUGUAAGAUUAUAUUAUAUGGGAUGCUGGCGUCGCAUUCUGGUGGAUGACACUAUUCCCGUGGAUAAAGAUAGCAGGCCUCUUCUACCGUGUACCUCCAAUAACUUCGAGCUAUGGCCGAUGCUUCUUGCCAAAGCGUUGCUCAAGAUUGCUUCGCAGACCUGGACAGAACGCCGCGAAAUCGUCGACUUUCAUCCGAUUGCUUGCCUUACAGGUUGGAUCUGCUUGACGCUAAAUAUCAAGCAUUUAUCGUUGCAAGACAAAUGGGAUUUGCUGACGAAGUAUUCCGAGCGCUUUGAGUGGACGCCGCAAACCACUCCAGAGAACUCCACGAGUGUUACGACGGGGAAACCCAGAGAAACUCUGCGGCCGCUCGCCGAAACCGAGAAACCUCAACCGAUCAGUCUGUUUCUCCUCUUGAGCAACACGCGAGAACUCGGAAGCGAUGCAGUGCCUGGACUAUCACCCUGCUGGGAUCACGUAAUCCAUGUUGUUCAAUCACGUGACGUCCCUUUAGACCCCAAAGAUGUAAAAGAGCCAUUAGCACAGUGGAAGAUGCAUCGCUGGUUGAAAUGGGCCAUUUCGCAAAACGUAAUCAAUCCAGCUGAUUAUUUCGUGCCGAUUCGUUACUUAAGAUUGAUUAAUCCUCUCCAAGAGUGCGACGAAAAUGUUGUUUAUGAAUAUGAUAUUGAAGAAAAACCUCUAAAAGUGAUUCAGCAACCCAAAUCUGCGUGGAAAACGAAAUCUCAGAAAAUACCGGAUUCCUUCACCACAAAAGAGGAAGUUACAGAAAACAUUAGCCGAUGGAUUGAUUUCAACAAGCUGGCACCACACAUAACGGAAGUGCAUCUAUUUUACAAACUGAAGUACUUUCAAUGCUCGAUUCAAGCAACGGGUGACAUUCUGAAGACUACAAGUGAAGAUCGCAAAGCAACAGCCACGAAAGAAAUCAAGAAAGAAAAGAAAGAUGUCUACGAUUGUUCCAGUCAGAAUCCAAAGUCCAAAAUAAAACCAUUGUAUUUGUUUUGUGACUCUUUGGAAAGAAAAUUCUUUUUGAUCAAUCUUUGUAGCAUACCAAAGAAAAAGAAUAUCAAUUCGCACCAAAGUGAUUACGUAAUCCUAGAAAAGCACAACUGGUUCUUCGAAUCAGAUCAGACGGAUCAAUCGAUAACUAUUAUCACAACUGGCACCAAGUCAACCGUCCUAGAAUUGGAAGCUGGUAGACAACUUUUACAAAUUUAUCGCAGUUCAGAAUCAAGUGUAAUAAUUAUCUCCUCUAACACGACAUUCUGUCUUGGAAAUCGAGCGACGGUGCAGCAGAUGAUGAUGACGGAAUCUGAGCAAAUUAAACAAAUGUCAAAAAAAAUCAGCGACAACCUCCGCGCAGCUUAUCGAUCGUUUGGAACAAAGGAUUACCUGGCAAUGUUGAAAAAUUAUUAUCAAAGCUACAUGCCAAGCUUGCAGAAAGAAUCUCCAGUAAUCAAUAAAAAUAUUCGAACGCUAAUACAUCAUUCUUUCAUGGAAGAACAAGUUCGAUUAAUCAGAAAGGCCUUUCCCAAUGAAGAACUGAAAAAUAUUUUUCACGCCUUAAGGGUAUUUUUCCUAAAUCCAGAUAUUAGACUAGAAUACUUCAAUUCAGUGACAGAUCAGAAGAUUCUUCAGGAAUUUACCACAGCAGAGAUUUCAGAAGACAACAAAGACGUUUUAAGAUACAUUCAGGGAGCUACGAUCAUUCAGUCCUUUUUCAAAAUGGCUCGUGUAAAAGGAUAUAAGGAUCUUCACAAUCCCGAUCAUCCCAUGCAUACACAGAUCCGCAAUGAACUCCACAAAAUAUCCGAUCUAUUUGAUUCAUCCUUCACAAGCCAGUUGCUGAGAAACGUCAUCAACCGCCACCAUAGUCUGCGAGAUCUGUAUCCUUGUUCAGAAGACUUCGCACAUGUCCUAAAUAUCCAAGAGUUCAGGGGCGUCCUGGGAAACAUCAAGCACGAGCAAUGGUUCCCAAUCGUUAGACUCGUUGUGAAUGCCAAGCCUGCGGAAACGGUUUUAGCUGUCUUCGAACUGCUGGUCGAUCUCCCUCGUGUCGCACUGAGCGUCUUCAACAACCAAGACCGACGGGAGAUGCCGCGUGUCGUGAACCAUGUAGCUCCAGCUCGUUAUGAACACCUGCCAACUGGAUACACGGUGUUUGCUUACGGUCGCAGCGAGAAACAGCGCUUCAAGGAGCUCGACUGGAUGAUUCGCGUGAUUACUAUGAAGGGAGAGUCGAUGCUUUAUCAAUUGGGUGAGCAACAACCUUUAUCUUUGGAGACCAAACUACCCAAGCUGGCGGUUGAGACAUUGGUUGGUGUGUAUAUACCGAACAUUAAAAAUUGCAUCUCACGAUGGAUUCUGCGAGCGACACCGGAAAGCAUUGUCUCGAUCAGGUUGGCGACUUCCUACAGUCUGGCUGAGGUCAGAAUUAGAAUCAUCGAUGAGGAAGGAGACAUUCUAACUGAUACGAAGGGUGGUUGUACAAUCCUGUUACCCGUAGUAUAUCUAAAACCAAUUGAACAUCAUAAAGUCAAGAAAAGAUACGCAGGCGUUGAUGAAGAGUCCAAAAAUGCAGUGCAAGGGAAGAGUUCGUAUUACGUAGAAGCAUUUGUGCUUAACGAUAGUUGGCCUCUCACAGAUGCCGAAUGGAUGGUCGUAAAUCAGGCAAAACUGAAGAUCGUGGGAAAUCUUGAAACGAAGAUACGAGUUGGGAAUAAAAAAUCGUCAAAUUCAUUGAAAAAAGACUUAAGACAAUUUGUGAAUGACGAUCAAGUUUUAGAAUCGCCAUAUUGGAUUCUUCAAGUUGUCACAGAUGCGCAGGAUGCUGUAGAAAUCUAUCAAGAUAAAAGAAGAGACGAAGAAAUAAUACGACUGAAAGAAUUCUGGUGGUCAAAAGAUCCAGGUCGACGUGAACGUGGGAGAGAACUGCGAGAAGCUUUUCUGAACGCGCGUGCAUCGAAGAUUGAACCAGAAGCGUCUUCAAAUCAGAAUGACAGACAGUCAAGAAGAAUAAUAGAAGACGAAGACAUGAUAUUUUGUCUAUCAAAUGCGAGGCAACGCAGAACUCUGAAGCCACCAGAUUCUCAUCUGCUUCCUUUGGAUCUAACAAAAUACAUGCGAGCGAACGAAAUCGUGAAACAUCGUCAGAUAAAAACGAAGAAUGACGACGAAAUACUGAAGAACCAAGUCGCCGUCAACAUUGCCGAUAGCGAGAGAAGUUACACCAGUUAUCUGGAUAAGUUAAUUGAACUGGUGAACGAGCAACUACAGCGUUAUUCAAAGUUCUUCAGGAAGAAGAAAGAGAAUUUUCGACAAAGGAGAACCCUAGUGGAUGCAGCUUAUGAAUCAAGAAAGGUCUACGUUGAUAGUCUGGCGUCCGACAGAGCGAAAACUAAAGAAAAGAAGAGGAAGAAGGAAUGA